AUGGAGGUUCGCGAUGUUGCGGCAUUUCACUCGUCACACAUCUUCAUGAUCGAGGCAUGCUCUCCACGUUCACUGCCAACAACAAGCCCUUACAUUAGGAGAGCGCAUCACCUCGCUUUCUUUUUUUGUUUUUUGCAUGUAUUUACUCUCUAUGUUGUGUACUAUGCCAUGGGAGUAACUACUGCAUCGCUUUCUCGAGAUGUGAAUGACGGUGAAGAAGAUGAUUCGACACAGCCUUUUUCCUCGCCUGGACGUCCAUACACAACGGCACAAUUCGAUGAGAAGGACGAACUGAACAAUAACGAUGGCAACGGCAUCAAUAAAAGUGAUGAUGGCGAAAAAUCAACUGAACCAGUUUCUAGUGAUCAAAAUGGAGAGGCUUUCGAAGUCGACAUAACAUAUCGAAAUAAUAUGAUCACUUGGCAAGAUGCCGAUGGCCAAAUGCAACAUGUUGAGGGUCUAUACCUUGAUUUAUACGUGGAUACGGCGACCAAUACAGCUAUUUUCAAGCUAUACGGCUAUGUCUUGUUGAAAGGCAGUAAAGCCAAGAGCAGCAAACAGGCUAUUUACUUGUUUAUACAUCCUGAAAACGUCCAAACCAUUACUCUACAAACUGGGCAUGCUGCUGCUCCGUUCUCAACGCUGAUAAAUUUCGGGCCCACUCACCACUCGCUCUGCUUUUCACUCACGGCACCACCCCAUCUCGUUGUUCCUAAGAACCUUGUUCUGGAAUCCCGACCGAAGACCAGAGCUCUACUAGAUUCCAUACAAGCCCUUGCCACGAUGAUGGCUUUUACUGUACAUCUCAAUCAUCCCGAUAUGGCCACAUCGACACAGAAAGAUCUGGCAUUGAUCUCCUCAAUUUUCUCACUGUCGCAUAAUGACAACCGUCCGUCUACCAAUAACAGGCGUGCCAACCUCACUACAUUAUAUGCUGGCCGAGGAGGCGAAAUUGUCUAUGCAAAAGAUGGUAUUGCGAAUGCCGACACGUGUCUACCUCCAUACAGUGAAACCACACCCAGUCGUAGCCACAUUUCUAAUAAGCGUAAGCGCGACAUGUCUGACCCUGACACCGAACGCUCGUCCACAACCCAUGAUCAUAUCCUACUUAUUCUCAAGGACAUUUGUGUUCGCCUCGAUGGUAUAGAAAACCGCAUUGGAAAACUCGAAGAUAAAGUCUUGGAGGCAUUAGAUUCCAACCGCAGCCAAUGCCGAUAUGGAGAAGAAGAGAGGCAGGAAAUCUUAGAAGAAGUUGAUAACCGAGUCGAUGAUUGCAUCACAGAUUUGAGGAUCGAGUCUCAUGAUAUAAUUCAAGACCUCAAAGAUGAGGUUGAUGGGACAUUGGAACGACUGGAUAGUGAGACGAGCGAGAGGAUGGAGCGGUUAGAAAGUGACGUCCAAGAAAAUACAACAAAGCUCGUAGAGAAAUGCUUAAGAACGAAGCUACUAAAUGCCAGCUUGCGAAUCGAUGGCUCUGUAUUCUUAGACCUCUAG